AUGUCUGGACGCGGUAAAAGCGGUGGCAAAGGUCUCGGAAAGGGCGGUGCCAAACGUCACCGUAAGAUCCUGAGAGAUAACAUCCAAGGUAUCACCAAGCCUGCGAUCCGAAGACUUGCUCGAAGAGGAGGAGUCAAGCGAAUCUCUGGACUGAUCUAUGAGGAGACCCGAGGAGUACUGAAAAUCUUCCUCGAGAAUGUCAUUCGUGACUCGGUCACUUACACCGAACAUGCCAAGCGGAAAACAGUGACUUCACUCGAUGUCGUCUACGCCCUCAAACGGCAAGGCCGAACACUCUAUGGAUUCGGCGCUUAA